AUGGUACAUCCUACAUUGCCAAAAGGCAACUACUUUCUGUUUGGUUGUUACAAGAACACAAAGUUCGAUCUCAAGGGCAUGCCUCUGAACAUCACGCCCGUCGACAUCAAGGUCUUCAUCGAUGUGAUCACAAAGGCCACCGCCAACAACUUCCUCAGGCGCACAGUGUUUGACGUCGAGGAGAUGCGAUUCGGCACCUGUCCAGACAAGUACUACUACGUCGGCAGCAGUCCGUUCGAGGUCGUCAGGGUCACCAUUCACGACUUUGACAAGACGCUGGAGGACGUGUGGGCCGACUGCAAGCAAAAGGACGACCUCUAUCCCAUGGAGAUGGACAAGCCGUUGUUCGUGCCCGUCAAGAACGACCCACUCGGCUUUGGCUUUGACGGAUCGCUGCUCAGUCAAUCGCCCGUAGGCUCUCGUACACCACUGCGUGACGACGCUGGCAAGCUGAUCAUCCCAUCCGGAACGAUGUUUGCCGCUUUGAAGCGCAACAGAAACAUGUCAGUGCAGCAGCAGUAUAGUCCUUGGAAGGUCACGGCUGAGAACCCAUCGCUGUUGCAAUGGAUCGAUGCAGUCUCUGUGGAAAUCUUCCUUGGCAAGAUAAAGAACAAUGAAUCAGUCCAGAACCGACCACCCAAGCAUGACUUCAAAUCAAUGACCAUCCUCAAGGGCUACCUAGAUACCAUAUCUCGUGAAUUCCCAUUCAGAUUUUGUCCAACUGCUGAAACACAACUCUUCCGUAACCUUCGAAAUGAUUUGGACUUGUUGCCUCCAGUGGAGUUGGCAAUGAUUAUAAUGACCAACAUUGAAGCAAAGGCAAAGGCAAAUAAUGAACUUCCAGACUAUCCUAAAUUGAACCUGCUGCGCACUCUGAUGCUGUUCUCCAACAUUAAGGACGACACAUUCUACCAGGUGCUCAAGUGGGUCAUCCAGAAACCCGAGCUCAAUGACACAGACUUGGAGACGAUCUCGCGUCUAAUCGCUCAUCGCCCGCAACUCAGGACCAUGAGGCGACCGAUCAAACUCAAGCUGGUGCCCUCCAUGCUAAAGCACUUCCGCGCGCACUACCCCGCCGACUUUGAGACGCCCCAGCUGACGUUGGCGGCCAUCGCCGGUAUCAUGGACAAGCCCAAGUUCUUUAAUAUCUUGUACUAUCCAGAGAUCGACACGCCGUACCCCACCACGCUCGACGCCAUCUGCUUGCUGUCUCGUUUCCGUUUCAAGUCACAGGUCGUGCCGCUGAUUCUGCAGGGCGACAAACAGUACUUUGUCAAUAAUCCCAAGAGCAAUCCACUGUGGUCUCUGGCGCACAACCGAUCGGCAUCAGUCGACAAUGAAAAUGCCGCGGAGCUUAUUAACAGUCUAAAAGUGAUGCGUGGCUUCCAUGCAGAGAUCCCGCCACACCUGCCCGACCUCGACUACAUCUGCCUGUACACCAACAACAGCUACCUGCUCAGCACACUUCUCUCCAGUGGUUUUGAUAUGCCCAAGCGCGCGCCGCAUCCGCCCGACUGGCCCGAGUACUGCAGCACGCUGGGAAUGAUCAUUGAAGACCGUGACGUAUCCGCCAUGCUGCACUUUACCCACAACCACGUGCUGUAUCAUGUCUGCGACCAUGUCAUUGUCGACGCGAUCAGCGAGGAGGAAGAGGAAGAUGACGAUCACGAGUUCAUGAAUUGUUUGAUGAGGAUGAGGUUUAAGGAUUCACAAUGGCCGCUCUACAUCAAGGACACCAAGGUUCCAUUCAUCUCACUGGCGCACGGUCGUCACAAUCUUGAGCCGCUUCUCGACGUGCCCGGCCACGUGUUUGACGACGUACACACGCCCAACAUCAACAUGCAGCAAUGGAUCGACGUAGCCCGACGAACCAAGUGCGUUCUCUAUGGCAAGGAAAUGAUUGAUCGCAUCCCAUCGUCAAUCAAGAUGGUCAGUCUGCUGGACAUCUUUGUGUUGUUUGGUCGGGAGUGCGCACCAAUGCAUCUUCUGGGCGACACGGAGGCGCGCGCAUUGCCCAAGCAGACGGAGCAGUUGAUCAAGCUGCGUCCAGAGCCCGAGCGCAGGCGCAUCUUGCAACACAUCUCCGAGUGGAACCAUUCAGUGACGGAGACGUCAAAGAAGAAGACGAGCAAGAACAAGAAGAAAAAGAACAAGAAGCAAAAGACGACAGCGAAAAUCAGCGAGAUAUCCGACGACGAGGACGAUGAUGAGAAUGUGAUUGUUGGCGACGACGAGGACGACGAGUACAUCUUGUAUCAAGCCGUGUCAAAAGUUGCAGAGAAGCUCUCUAUGGUCUUGCCCGGUGGUAUGCCAGGAUUUUUUUCGGGCAUAGCUCCCUUGGUAGCCCAGAGGCUCGCUAUGAUUGAUGCAGCAUCUGAACCUGAUGGAAUGCCUGAUCUUGUGCCAGCCGUGCCACCAACAUCCAAGAAACAACCAGCAGCUCCUACCGUUGCUAUACCUGCUGGAUUGCCUGACUUGGUGCCAGCUCAGCCACCUCCCAGCAACGCCACAGCCAAGAAGCAACCAGCAGCAGCUCCUACAGUUGCCAUACCUGCUGGAUUGCCCGACUUGGUGCCAGCUCAGCCACCUCCCAGCACCGCCACAGUCAAGAAACAACCUGCCGCAGCAGCUCCUGCAGUGGCUCUGCCCGCUGGAUUACCCAACUUGGUACCAGCCGUGUCACCUCCCAGCAACACCACAGCAAAGAAACAACCUGCCGCAGUAGCCCCUGCCGUUGCUCUACCGGCUGGAUUGCCCGACUUGGUGCCAGCUCAGCCCCCACCCAGCAUCGCAUCUGCCAAGAAACAACCGGCAGAAGCCCCUCAAAAACAACCAGCAGCAGCCCCUGCCGUUGCUCUCCCAGCUGGAUUGCCUGACUUGGUGCCAGCCGUGUCCCCUCCCACCGUCGCCGCUGCCAAGAAACAACCAGCAGUAGCUCCUGCCGUUGCUCUCCCAGCAGGAUUGCCUGACUUGGUGCCAGCCGUUCCUCCUCCCAGCAACGCCAAUGCUAAGAAACAACCUGCAACAACAGCUCCUGCCGUUGCUCUCCCAGCUGGAUUACCAGACUUGGUGCCAGCCGUUUCCCCUCCCACCGUCGCCGCUGCCAAGAAGCCAGCAGCACCUGCAGUCGCCAUACCUGCUGGUUUGCCAGACUUGGUGCCAGCAGUGUCUCCUCCUACUGUCGCUGCAGCAAAGAAACAACCAGCAGCACCUGCAGUCGCCAUACCUGUUGGAUUGCCUGAUUUGAUCCCAGCUGUGCCCCUACCCAGCCUCGCCACAGGCAAGAAACAACCUGCAGCUGCUAUACCAGCUGGUCUUCCUGAUCUGGUGCCUGCUCAGACAAAGAAACAACCACUUAUUAUCCCUGAAGGAUUGCCCGAGCUCGUACCCAUUGACGAGCCCCGCGGCACAACCCUGGGAUCACCACCCGCACCGGCAGCGGCCACAGCCAAGAAACAACCUGCUGCUGUGCAAGCUGGACUUCCUCCACUGCCUGAUCUGGUGCCUGCUCAGCCCACGGUGAAACCUGCUGCGGCAGUGCCUCCACCCGCCGCCACAGCCAAGAAAACACCUGCUGUUGCUGUGCCCGCUGGAUUGCCAGAGUUGAUACCUGCUGUGCCUCCACCCAGCCUUUCAACUGCCAAGAAACAACCUGCCGUUGCCCCUGCAACUGUGGCAGCACCUCUGCCCGCCGCUGCCUCUGUACCUGGUCUUCCUCCCAUACCUGAUCUUGUGCCUGCCCAAGCCACUGCAAAGACUCAACCUCCUGCUGCCGCCUCAGCCAAGAAACAGCCUGCAGUCGCUACACCUGCUGGAUUGCCCGAGCUGGUGCCUGAUGUGCCACCACCCGCGCUGGCCACAUCCAAGAAACCAGCAGCACCAGCAUCUGCGUCUGGAGUUCCUGAUCUGGUCCCUGCUGCUCCCUUGCCCUCACUUGUUAAGCCUGAGGCCAAGCCUGUAGCUCUAGUUGUGGCCGCUGUCAAACAGGCAGCUGUGGCCCCAGCUGUGGCCCCAGCCCCAGCUCCAGUAUUGAGUAAGAGGGCCAAGAAGGCAGCAGCAGCCGCAGCCUCCGCCGCAGCAGCAGAAGCCGCCGCAAUCGCCGCAGCAGCAGAAGCAGCCGCAGCAGCCAUAGCAGCCGCUAAACCUCCUUCACCUCCACCAGUGGUGGCUGACAAGACCAACAACAACAACAACAACAACAGCAACACCAACAAUACCAACAACAAAAAGACAACACAGAAUGGAUCAACAGCAUCACAACAACAGCCUGCAGCGUCAAAGCCUGCCUCACCUCCAAUGGCCGCAGCAAAGAAGGCAGCGCCAGUACAGGUACCACUCCCACCAAAACCCGUCGAGAGGACUGUUGGCAAGUUCAAGUACAACGAAGCGAAUGUCAUUGGACAGGGCAGCAAUGGCACACUGGUGUACAAGGGCCUGUGUGGCAAGGACCCCGUGGCAGUCAAGGUCAUACUCAAGGGCAUCAAUGGAAUCAUCGAGAAGGAGGUCGAUCAGCUGGUCCAGCUCACAAUGGCGGACACCGCUGAGAACCUCGUGCGAUACAUUGGUCGCGAGCAGGACGACAACUUCAUCUAUCUCGGCACGUCCCUGUGCGAGAUGUCGCUACAGCAGCUCGUCGAGAACCACAAGGAUCGAUUCAAGGCAAUGGACAAGCACGCAAUGAUCAAUGACAUUAUCAAGGGACUGCGAUUGCUUCAUCGUCACGAUAUCGUCCACAACGACCUCAACCCAAGCAACGUCCUGCUCAAAGGCAAUCGACUGUGUCUCACAGACAUGGGCCUGAGCAAGGUGGCCGUCGAGUCGACAUUUGGUGACAGUGGAUAUCUGCCAGCGGACCAACGAAAGACCACCAAGGUGGACACCUUCUCGCUCGGAUGUCUGAUCUACUACAUACUGACAGAGGGUGGACAUCCAUUCGGCGACGACGAACCACGCCGCGUCAUGAAGAUCAGACAGAACGAGUUCGACCUGAGCAAGCUGACCAAUGAGUACGCAGUAGACCUCGUUGCACAGAUGAUUGACAAGGACGCCUCGGUACGACCAUCCUUCAAAAUGGUACUGCUUCAUCCAUUCUUCUGGGACAUCAACAAGAAGCUCAAGUUCCUCAACUGCAUAUUGGAGAGCACUCAGGCCAACAUCUCGACCACUUCAUCAUCGACCCUCAACAACUCCAUUCUCAAAAUGCCAUGGAACAAGUUGAUCGAUGGUGGUAUACUUGAAUGGCUCAAGAGAGAGUACCAAUAUAACUACAACUGUGUGGAUGACACUAUCAAGUGUAUAUGCGAUACGGUGAAGCAUCAACCAAACAUGUUCAAGGACAAGGCAAAGAAGAUGCCAUUCUUUGAGUCACAAGAUGCUGCCUUCCUCUACUUUGAGAAGAAACUUCCAACUCUGAUCAUCAACAUCUAUCAACACUACCGCGACACUACCUCCACCAACUAG